UGAUUCGACUCUUGAAACCAAUGGAAAACAACAACGCGGAGGCUGACAUUAUUAAUAACAGUAUAUCCUCUUCUCCGUGAAGGGGUCUCCGGUCAAAUAAAUGGUGUUCAAGCCGUUUACUCACCUCGCGCGCCAAAGUUUCACAAAAGCUUUUACCCAUGGCUAUGCUCAGUCGGUAGUUGCGGCGUCGCAGUCGUCCUACGCGUCGUCAGCAACCUCCCUCAACCAGAUCGCCAGUCAUCCCGGCAAGUACACGAGAACAACCCAGCUUCAGAAUGCUUUCACGAACCCUUCGAGCUCAGGUGCGGGCGGAAAGGCCAGCCAGGCUGGCUCCGGGUCGGGAGACUCGGGGCUAGCGGCCUACUACGCAGCAUGGCAGCAUGCCCAGCAGACCGGCGAUGACAGCGACUGGCGACAGUUCCAGUUCAACCGACGCAUUGGCUGGAAGCCGUCCUCGAAAGAUGCGGCGGGAGAAAGCAACGGGGCCACGGAGACUGCGGAAUCUUCGCACCACGACCUCCACGAUUCUCAGCGGGUCAACAAGGCCGCCUUGAAUGACGAUGUCAGUGCCAAGGUUGAAGAGGCGGUAGCCCGGGAGAUCCAGAUUCAAGAAGAGAAUGCAAACGCGGAAGAGACAGCAGAGUCCCAAGAGGCGGUUUCUACGGUAGAGUCUACGAAGGAGUCGUCUACGCAUGAUGUCGACGCAGUGGAAACUGCGUCGAUUGAGAAAUCCCGGGAAUCUUCUGCUCAGAUCGUGGAGCUCGCUGCGAGACAGCAGUAUGCAGAGAUCCCUAUUGCCUUUGAGAACUUGCUCCGGGACGGUCUCACGCCCACCGUGGCCGCGUAUAACGCCUUGCUUCGUGCAGCCAUUGAACUGCACGCGGAUACGCAUCAUGCCGUGCCCAAGGCUCUGGACGUCUACUCGGACAUGCUUCGGCGCCGUGUGAUUCCCAGCGAGGAGACGUACAAGACGCUCGUACAGCUGCUCGUCACGCGAGCCAUGGACACGAUCCGGGCCAAGGAGGUGCUCGAGCAGCAGCGCACCCGGUUCGGAGGGAUGGAGGAACCUGGCAAGUUCAUGUUUCAAUCCAGCGAGGUGGAGCGUGAGCUCCUGGCGGAAGACCAUUCUCUGGCUAUCGCGAUGAAGCUCUUCACGACGGCCACUACACGCCAUCCGGAACUCGUGUUCCCGCUACCGGUAUACCGCUCGCUUAUAACGGCCUGUGCGGAAGACGGCCAAGUCGAGGACAUGAUUCGCAUCUACGCCCAUAUGGAGACGCACAAGGUCAUCCCUCACGCGGCUAUUUUCCCCCCGAUGAUUGACGCCUUUGCCGCCAUGGGCGACCUGAAGAGUGCGGUGGAGUGCUACAACGAGUACCGGACCUUGGCCAUUGCCGACGACAAAGGCAUCUUCGGCAUCGUCGAGCGUCGGGACGGCGAGGUGUACGCGGCCCUCAUCCGGGCGUACUUCUCGUGCGGCAAGAAGGAGAGCGGCCUCCGCUUCCUGGAGCGAAUCCGGUCCUCGUUCGACAGUGUGCAGGAGGAUCGCGAGCAGCGGCAGCAGGCGGUCGAGGAGGUGAUUGUGCAGGACGCGCUGGUGCAGGACGCGCUCGACGGCGGCCGCUUUGGCGAGGCCGUGGAGCAGGCCAAGAGCCGGCUCCAGGGGGCUUCUUUGCAAGCAGCAUUGAGCAAGAUCUGUAUGGCCGCGGCGGACGCAGGCGAUGCGGGAGUUGCGUGCACCGUGUACGAUGGCCUGACCUCGGAGUCGCCCGAGGCGGCCGUGUCGAUGCUGGCGCUGCACGUCCGGUCAGGCAACGUCGCGGCUGCUCGUCCCUUCUGGUCAGUGCUCGCGCGGAGUCAGGCUACGCCGGACUGGAUCCAGCCGACGGCCAUGUACGCCGUCGCGCUCCUCAAGAGCGGCCAGGUCGACGAGGGUCUGGCCGAGGCCCGUCGCAUGCUCGCUCGCAUCCGCUCUCAUAACCACCACCAUCACCGUCAGCUGCCCGUCCGUGAGGAGAUCGACGAGGCUCUGGAGCUGCUCGGUCGUGUCCUCAUGCAGACUGCCGCCGUGCUCUCUCCCCAGGCCGCUAUCACCCUCCUCUGGGCCAUGGUCGAGAACGGCGGGCUGGUGUCGCCCGUCGCCGAACAUGCCAUCGCCAGCCUGGGCCCCAUGGGUAUCUCCCAGCUCAGCGCCCCCGACCUCACUCUCGCCCUGCAGGUCCAGGCCGGCAUGCUCUUGAAUAACUCCGCCAUCUUCGACAUUGCCCAUCCCGUCCGCUUCGCCCAUAUGGUCGACAUUGCUCUAUCUACCGGACUGCCCAUGGAUGCCUUCACCACCCGUCUGGUCGACCAGGCCAUGGCCAAGCUCGCUGACAGCCGCCCGGACAUCGCUCAGAGAUGGCAGGACCACCUGGCUCCGAUGGUCAAGCAGCCGUACACGCCCUCCCGAUACACGCCCGUCUCCGAGUCCUCCCCCGUGUCCAGUGCCCCGUCGACGGAGGAUACCUUCGACCCGUACGCGUAUACUACCGACUACCGUGGCUCUGCCAUCAUUGCCGACGAGCUGGAGAGCACGAGCGGACGCCCAGACUCGCACCUGAACGAGGCCCUGCAGAAGUUCAAGAAUAUGCGUCGUGUUGGCAGACACCCUCGCUACAUCACCUAUGCCAAGCUCAUCACCGCUGCUGCCAAGUGUGGCCGCAUGAACUUGGUCCAUGAUAUUCUGGGUAUGGCCCGCCACGACGUCCCGCUCAUCCCUCAGUACAGUGUCGUCAAGUACGGAUGGGUGUCGAUCCUGGAUGCCAUGGUUGCGGCCUGCCUAUCUCUGGGUGAUCGCAACCUGGCUGCCAAGUACCACCAGGAGUUGCUGAACAUGGGUGCAGCUCCAUCUGCCAACACGUUUGGGCUGUACAUCACCACCCUGAAGGAAUCGACCAAGACCUUCGACGAGGCCACGGAGGCUGUGAAGAUCUUCCACAGAGCCACGGCGGAGGGUGUCGAACCCACUUCCUUCUUGUACAAUGCCCUGAUCGGUAAGCUGGGCAAGGCCCGCAGGAUUGAUGACUGCCUGCUGUACUUUGCCGAGAUGCGUGCCACCGGUGUCCGCCCCACCAGCGUCACCUAUGGAACCAUUGUCAACGCACUCUGCCGUGUCAGCGACGAGCGCUUCGCGGAAGAGAUGUUUGAUGAGAUGGAGUCCAUGCCCAACUACAAGGCCCGUCCGGCUCCUUACAACUCCAUGAUCCAGUACUUCCUGAACACCAAGCGUGAUCGUAGUAAGGUUCUCGCCUACUACGAGCGCAUGCAGUCCAAGAACAUCCAACCGACGAUGCACACCUACAAGCUUCUCAUUGAUGCUUAUGCCUCUUUGGAGCCGCUGGACAUGGCUGCUGCUGAGAAGGUCUUGGAAUCGAUCAAGGCCGCCGGACAGCACCCGGAGGCCGUUCACUACGCUUCUCUCAUCCACGCCAAGGGCUGUGUUAUGCACGAUAUGGAGGGUGCUCGCAAGGUCUUCGAUUCUGUCGUCUCAAACGGCAGAAUUCGUCUGCAGCCCUGCUUGUACCAAGCUCUCUUCGAGGCGAUGGUUGCCAACCACCAGGUCUCGGCCACCGCGGAUCUUCUCAAGGACAUGGCCAACCGAAACGUUGAGAUGACUGCUUACAUUGCCAACACUCUUAUCCACGGCUGGGCUGCGGAAGGCAACAUUGAGAAUGCCAAGUCGAUCUACGACGGUAUUGGUAUCCAGAAGCGCGAACCUAGUACCUACGAAGCCAUGACUCGAGCUUUCUUGGCGUCUGAAGAUCACCAGGGCGCCUCUGGCGUCGUCCAGGAGAUGCUCUCGCGUGGUUAUCCCGCCGCGGUUGCCAGCAAGAUCGUCGAACUCGUUGGCGGCGGCGUUCCCAUCCUUCCUACCGCUUAAAGACUGGAGCGUCUCAAUGAUGCAAUCUUCAUUUCAGGCUUCGUUUCUUCUUUUUGCCUGCAAGGAUUUCCGAAUAAGACAUCUUAAUAAUUUGCCUGCGUGCGAUACCAGGGCUGGUUU